CUUGAAGGCGGGUCUUGUGUUUAGAUUGUGGGACACGGAGGCCUGAAGGGAUUAUUUUAGUGUCGUGAAACUUUUACACUAAAUUAACUGCAAGAGGCCGCCAUGACGAGUCUGUGGAUGGGGGAUAUUGAGCCAUUUAUGACAGAGGAAUUCAUUACUCAAGCCUUUGAAUCUUUAGGACAGAGCAUCCUGAGCGUCAAAGUCAUCCGUAAAUGGGAAACAGGACUCCCAACUGGUUAUGGUUUUGUUGCAUUUGCUGAUAAAGAAACUGCAACAAAGAGUCUGCAGAAAAUAAAUGGAAAAUACAUUCCUGGCACUGGUGCUACCAAGAGGUUUAAGCUGAGGCCCGCCUUAAACCAAACGCCAAGACUAUACGAACAAAGCAACACAGUGCAUGCACAGACUGACUAUACCGAGUUAUAUAAUUACUAUAACCAAGCUUACCAGAUGAUGAUGUAUACUAACUUGAAGUAUGACCAGAAAACGGAUGGUUACCAGUAUCCACAAUAUGGAUAUACACAGACCACUGGCCAGGCGUAUGAGGAACCAGUAACUGAAUUAGUUGAAGAAUAUACCCUUCAGUUGGAUGUAGAAGAAGCCAAUAAACAGUAUAUGGAACAAAGCGAGGAAUUUUAUGAUGCGUUAAUAGACUGUCACUGGCAACCACUGGAUACAGUGAGUUCCAAGAUCCCCGCCUUAGAGGACUCUUCAUUUUGUCACUGACUUUAUAUUCAAAGAAGGACGAUAAUUGUUCAAUAACAAAAUUGGAUUUUGUAUUUCAGCUGUAAACUUUAUAACUGGCAGCAACAACAAAAAUCUUUAUAGAUAUUAAUUACAAUUUUGGUUGCUACUACCAGUUGUAAACUUUAAAUUUGGAGUAUGUUCUGUAUGAGAGACUUUUAUUAGUGCUAUGCACUGCUUCCUGGUUCCAUGCUGAGGACGAAUAGAAGAUAAUUAAAGGGACCAUCUGAAUGUGGUGGUGAACUUAACAGAGAAAAUCAUUUACCAGAUAUAUUGUAUUUAUUUUGUAAACUCCUGUUAAUGAGAAAACAAAACUACAGAAGACGCAUUUCUCCCAUGGAAGCCCAAGAUUGUUGUACUAAACCACCGUGGAUUGUAGAAAAGUUAGUCUUUGGUGUUUAGUAUCAUUUUAAAACCCACAUUACCACUGGAUUAACAUGUAAGAACUUUAUAACUGUAUUGAGGGUUAUUACCAUUUUAAUGAGGUGGAAAUUUCAAUCUCGCAAUAAGUAUUUGACUUAAACCAUGCAUGUAUAGGAGUAAUAAAUUUAAAUUAUUUUA